UUCCCAGAGGGCGCCGCGCUACAGAUUACCCAAUCAGCUUUAAGUAAAAAGCAUCGCGAGUCUUCGGUGAGACUCUGCUCUAUAAGCCCCUGGAAACGAGCGUUGGAAAUCCCUUUUACGAAGAUGGCGCCGAAAGCUAAGAAGGAAGCCCCUGCCCCUCCCAAAGCCGAAGCCAAAGCAAAGGCUUUGAAAGCCAAGAAAGCGGUGCUGAAAGGCGUCCACAGUCACAAAAAAAAGAAGAUCCGCACAUCACCUACGUUCCGACGACCCAAGACUCUGCGUCUCCGAAGGCAACCCAAAUACCCUCGAAAGAGCGCCCCCAGGAGAAACAAGCUUGACCACUAUGCCAUCAUCAAGUUCCCCCUGACUACUGAGUCAGCCAUGAAGAAAAUAGAAGACAACAACACACUUGUGUUCAUUGUGGAUGUCAAGGCCAACAAGCACCAGAUCAAACAGGCUGUGAAGAAGCUCUAUGACAUUGAUGUAGCCAAGGUCAACACCUUAAUCAGGCCUGAUGGAGAGAAGAAGGCAUACGUUCGGCUGGCCCCUGACUAUGAUGCAUUGGAUGUUGCCAACAAAGUAAGCUACCUUACCUGUGCUAUCAACUCACCCACCCAUCACCUGGGUCCAAGUGAGAUGUCUGUUAGUGACCAAAACCUGACUUUGGCUGCUUAACUCACUGUACUCCAAUCCUGAAUGGGCCCUACCCUCACCUCAUUUUGGUUUUUAACUGUGACAUUCUAGCUUAAUCUUCACAUUUCAACUCCCAGUAACAAAGCUUCCCUUUUGUUUUUCAGAUUGGGAUCAUCUAAACUGAGUCCAGCUGGCUAAAUCUAAAUACAGUUUUUUCAUGAUA